AACUGACUGGAAUGUUUGUUGAGAAUGGCACUGGCCAGCAUUCUGUUUUUGAAACUCACCUGAACUUUUACGAAGAAAUUGCUUGGUACUGGACUUGGCGGCCUUUGCGGUUUUGGUGAUUGUGUUUGUGAAUGGCAGGGCACUGAGGGUGAGGAAGAAAACGGGUGGCGAGAAGAUGCCGGUGCAGAUGAUUGGGGACAUCCUGGCCUCGGAGCUCUCGCACAUGCAGGCCUACAUCCGCUUCUGCAGCUGCCAGCUUAACGGUGCAGCCCUGCUGCAACAAAAGACUGACAAGGAACCCGAGUUCAAGGACUUCCUCAAGAAAAUCGCUACAGAUCACCGGUGUAAAGGUAUGCCACUGUCCAGCUUCCUGCUGAAGCCUAUGCAGAGAAUCACCCGCUAUCCACUCAUCAUAAAGAACAUUCUCGAGAACACUCCAGAGAAUCACUUGGACCAUGGACACUUGCGGGAGGCUCUGGACAGGGCCGAGGAGCUCUGUCUGCAGGUCAACGAGGGGGUCCGGGAGAAGGAGAACUCCGACAGGUUAGAGUGGAUUCAGAGCCAUGUCCAGUGUGAAGGCAUCACUGAGAACUUGAUAUUCAACUCCUUGACCAACUGCCUGGGUCCCCGAAAGCUGCUACACAGCGGCAAGGUCUAUAAAACUAAGAGCAACAAGGAGUUAUACACCUUCCUCUUCAAUGACUUCCUGCUGCUCACCCAAGCAGUGAAGCAGUUCACCUCAUCAGGGACGGAUAAGCUCUUCAGUCCCAAGUGCAACAUGCAGUUCAAGAUGUACAAGAACCCCGUGUUUCUAAAUGAAGUUCUGGUGAAGAUGCCCUCCGAUCCGUCUAGCGAUGAGCCAAUCUUCCACAUCUCCCACAUCGACCGUGUUUAUACUCUCAGGACAGAGAACAUCAAUGAGAGGACUGCCUGGGCGCAGAAAAUCAAAGCUGCUUCAGAACAUUUCAUAGAGACUGAGAAGAAGAAGCGAGAGAAAGCUUACCAAGCUCGUUCCCUGAAAACCAGUGGCACUGGCCGCCUGCUGGUCACUAUUUUGGAGGCCACAGAGCUCAAGCCCUGCAAGCCCAAUGGAAAGAGUAAUCCAUAUUGCGAGGUGACCAUGGGGGCACAGUGUUUCACCUCCCGGACAAUAAAUGACACAAUCAACCCCAAGUGGAACUUCAACUGUCAGUUCUUCAUUAAGGACCUGUACCAGGAUGUUCUAUGUGUCACCAUCUUCAAGAGGGACCAGUUCUCUCCCGAUGACUUCCUGGGCCGCACUGAAGUUCCUGUGGCCACCAUCAAGAAGGAGCUGGAAAACAAGGGAGCAGCGACAAGGCGCCUGCUGCUGCACGAGGUGCCGACAGGCGAGGUGUGGGUGCGCCUGGACCUGCAGCUGUUCGACCAAAAAUCUCUCAAAUGAGGCGACGCGGAUUGGUGCCAUGCCAUACGCCCCCCGCCC